GCGGGAAAGACUUUAAGAUGAAAUCUGAACUUAUUCUACAUCUCCAAACCCACAACCAUGUGACCUUUUCAUGUCCAGUGUGUGGGAAAGCUUUUUCUGAGGAAAGCAAGCUUCUUAAACACCAGAAAUAUCACAAGGGUGGGAAUUCUUAUUCCUGUUCAGAGUGUGGGAAAAGUUUCACUGAUGAAACAAGCCUUGUUAUACACCAGAGAAUUCACACAGGUGAGCGACCUUAUUCAUGUUCAGAAUGUGGGAAACGUUUUAGUAACCGACAACAUUUUCUUAGACACCAGAGAAUUCACACAGGUGAGCGUGCGUAUUCAUGUGCAGAAUGUGGGAAAAGUUUUACUAGCAAAGGAGCUCUUCUUACACACCAGAGAACUCACACAGGUGAGCGUCCUUAUGCGUGCUCAGAGUGUGGGAAAAGUUUUACUAGCAAAGGAGCUCUUCUUAGUCACCAAAGAAUUCACACAGGUGAGCGUCCGUAUUCAUGUUCAGAAUGUGUGAAAAGUUUUACUAACAACAGAGCUCUUCUUACACACCAGAGACUUCACACAGGUGAGCGUCCGUAUUCAUGUUCAGAAUGUGGGAAAUGUUUUACUAGCAAAGAAGCUCUUCUUAGGCACCAGAGUAUUCACACAGGUGAGCGUCCAUAUUCAUGUUUAGAGUGUGGGAAAGGUUUUGCUAAAAAAGAAUCUUUUAUUACACACCAAAGAGCUCACACAGGUGAACACCCUUAUGCAUGUUCUGAAUGUGGGAAAAGUUUUUCUAGGAAGGACCAUGUUCUUAGACACCAGAGAACUCACACAGGUGAGCGUCCGUAUUCAUGUUUAGAGUGCGGGAAAAGUUUUACUUACAAAGGAUCCCUUCUUAGGCACCAGAGAACUCACACAGGUUAGCGUCCAUAUUCAUGUAUAGAGUGCGGGAAAAGUUUUACUGACAAAUGA